CGGAGCUGAGCGGCGGCAAGAUGGCGGCGCAGCAGCAGGGUCGUGAGGGCGGCGCUCCGCUGGCCGGGGCCGCGGCGGAGGCCGACCCCUUGGGCCGCUUCACCUGCCCCGUGUGCCUGGAGGUGUACGAGAAGCCGGUGCAGGUGCCCUGCGGACACGUCUUUUGCUCUGCAUGCCUGCAGGAAUGUCUGAAGCCGAAGAAGCCUGUCUGUGGGGUGUGCCGCAGCGCUCUGGCGCCUGGCGUCCGGGCCGUGGAGCUCGAGCGGCAGAUCGAGAGCACAGAGACGUCUUGCCAUGGCUGCCGUAAGAAUUUCUUCCUAUCCAAGAUCCGUGCCCACGUGGCUACCUGUUCCAAAUACCAGAAUUACAUCAUGGAAGGCGUGAAGGCCACCACUAAGGAUGCAUCGCUUCAGCCAAGGAAUGUCCCAAACCGUUACACCUUUCCUUGUCCUUACUGUCCUGAGAAAAACUUCGAUCAGGAAGGACUUGUGGAACACUGCAGAUUGUCCCACAGCAUGGAUACCAAGUCUGUGGUCUGUCCGAUUUGUGCCUCGAUGCCCUGGGGAGACCCCAACUACCGCAGCGCCAACUUCAUAGAGCACAUCCAGCGCCGGCACCAGUUUUCGUACGACACCUUCGUGGAUUACGAUGUUGACGAAGAGGCCAUGAUGAAUCAGGUGUUGCAGCGCUCCAUCAUCGACCAGUGAGCAGAGGCCGCGUCUCCGCCGUCUCCUGAUCCAGAGCUUCCAUUUGUGUCCAGUGUGAAACCUUCGGCUCCUCCACUCUGGCUAGCACAGACCCGGCGUGGGCCGCGGCAGGCACACACACGUUUCUGAUGGGGUGGGGGGUUCCGAAGCUGCCUUCUGUGGCCUGUGUGUCACGUGGUCUGCUCCGUGUGGGUCCUGCGGCAGAGACUCCAGCGUUUCCCCUGCUCCUCUCCACUUCUCCCAGGGCUCACCUCUCAGGGCCCCCCAGCCAGCCGGGACCUUGUCUGGGUCCCAAAUAGCACAAUGAGACACGCGCCACCGCCUCCUCCAAGCCUGCGAGCGCUGCCGGCCUUGCGUCUGGUGGGGCCGAGCUCCUGCGCCCCCGGCGGCUGCCCCCAGAAACAUCUCCAGUCCUCUUGGUGACUGUUCUGGUCACGCAUACUGGACACUGGCGGUUUGAAAGUGACAUUUUCCCAUUCUCCUAGCGUUAGCUGGCUCACUCUUCAGUGCCUGCUUGGUGCCUUGUUAGAUCGCGGUGUGACCGUGGGUUCUCCGUGGAGGGGUUUCUGGGUCAGGAAGGGUGGCAUCCGCCCGCCUGCGUGGGGAAGAGGCCAGUUAAGAGAAGUGGGAGAGCUGCAGCGUCGGCGUCUGAUCUUCAGAGUGACGACGUUCUCGCAGAUGACUGGGGCGCGUUUACCCCUCCUGGGAACCUGCUCACGUUCUUGUCUUUGAAACACACGGAGUCGUCCUCCAGCGAGGCGGGAGGGAAGGAGUGUGGGGCUGUGUGGGUUUAAGUUCUUUCUGCUUGGUAACAGACUAGACUGAGCUUUGUGUUCCUGUCCCAGGAUGGCCUCUUAGGACGCUGGUCUCAGCCUGUAAAUCUACCCUUUGAGCGCUGAGAACAGCCGUGGGAGGUGCACUGUGCGCCCCAGGCUCUCCCACAGCACUGUUGUGAGGCACACAGCCGUCUCCCGUGGGCACCGGCUGGAAGCCUGCUGUAGUGACAGCUCGGGAAGCUUGGGCGUUCAGCGCGGUUCCAGGCCGAGAGCCAUCGCCUCGUGUGUAGGAGCAGACCUGGCAGUGAACAGGGGAAUCUGGGCUGGGGUCCGUUCUUUUGGGUCACACGUCCAGUUCAGCAGGGAACUGUUCUGCUCCGUGGCCGAGGUCGCCUGUGCACUGCCGGCCCCUGGAGAGCUGCACACAGCCAGGAACCAGCGGAGACGGCUCCGGGGGGCGCAGAGUAAUUGUGCUGAGUGUGGUACAGUUGGAAGGAGCCGGAUGUUGGGGUCAGUUUCUUUGCUGUAAUUUUGGGGGAAAGUUCACUGGGCCUCCUGAACCGAGAUUGUCUGGUUGGGAGAGAAGUCCACAGGGCCUUCGUCUGUGGGCCCGUCUCACUUGUCUCACGGGGAAACCAAGAAACUUCUCUCCCUCUGUUAAGUGCACUUCAUGUAUUUGUAACACGAUGACUUCCCAGAAAGUGACACUUGUUAUGUUCUGGCUUUUACAAGGUGGAAUUUAAAUAAAUUUCAUAAUUUAUCCAA